GAGCUUUUUUAAGAGCAUUACAAAACGAGCAUCUACAUGUUCCGAGGUGGAAAGGCCAAACAGUGGGAAGAGGAUCAAGGUGACACCAAAAACUAAACGCCCGCCCCGUCAAGCGCACUUGUUUCUCUGGAUUGGUGGCUGGAGUUGGACGUCUGGGGGUCCAGCGGCUUUAAAACAUCAUGUGAGCGCCUCCUUCUGUCAAAACUCUCACCGUGAGGCGGAAUACAAGGAAGAACGGACACCACUGCAUCCAUCUUCAUCAACAUGACGUGCUUUAUUUGCGUUUUUGUCUUUUGUCUGUCUGCAUUUUUAAUGGAGGCGCAGGGCACGUAUGGCCCUUACACGCGGAACCACAACCAGUUGUACGCAGGGCGGCAGAGAACACCUCAAAUCAGCCCUAAUAUACCUGGCCACGGUAACUCCAUCAACUUUGGAGCUCAUGGCUUUAAUCCCAGGUUUUACAGCUAUCAUCAUCCCAACCCUCAUCAGCAUCAUCCCCAGUGGCCGCCCUGGAAAGGGCCUCCCUUCAUCUACCAUCGUCCUGUACCUAUCCAACCUGUCCGGCCUAUCUCACCAGUCCAACCUGCCCGGCCAGUUGUGCCCACACCGCCCAGAAUGCCAGUGGUGUUACCUGCCCCUACAGUACCCAUGCCACUCAAACCAAUACCCACUCUUCCCCCUCCACCUCCACCUUCAACACAGGCUACGACUACAACCACUACAACCGCUACAACCUCUACAACGACUACAACUACAACUAGCACAACCACUUCACAGCGGGUCAGUACCCCUCGUGCCACAACUGCCCCUGCCAAGCCUCCCACUGUCCCAGCUCCAGCAGAGCCUUGCAAGAGUCGUCCUCUGGACCUGGUCUUCAUCAUUGACAGUUCUCGAAGUGUCCGUCCUGCAGAGUUUGAGAAGGUCAAAAUCUUCCUCUCAGAAAUGGUUGACUCUCUGGAUAUCGGAUCGGAUGCCACAAGAGUCGCAUUGGUCAACUACGCCAGCACUGUCAACAUUGAGUUCCAUCUGAAAAAGUACUUUAGUAAGGCUGAGGUCAAGCAGGCCUUCUCCCGUAUCGAUCCACUCUCGACAGGAACCAUGACUGGCAUGGCUAUCAAAACCGCCAUGGAGCAGGUUUUUACAGAAAAUGCUGGAGCCCGGCCAUUAAAAAAGGACAUCGGUAAAGUGGCCAUUAUCGUGACAGAUGGAAGACCGCAAGAUAAAGUCGAAGAGGUGUCAGCAGCAGCGAGGGCUUCUGGGAUUGAAAUAUACGCAGUAGGAGUGGACAGAGCAGAAAUGCGGUCCCUCAAACAGAUGGCCAGUCAGCCGCUCGAUGACCAUGUGUUUUAUGUGGAGACAUACGGAGUGAUCGAAAAACUCACAUCCAAGUUUAGGGAGACGCUCUGUGGUUUCGACGCUUGUGCACAUGGGCACAACUGCGAACAUAUUUGUGUCAGCAACAAUGCUUCUUAUUUCUGCAAGUGCAGAGAGGGAUAUGUUAUCAACUCUGACAAGAAAACGUGCUCUAAACAGACCAACGAAGAAGCAAGAGCGGAUCUAACUGAAAAUGCCUGCAUGUGUGAGGCUCAGAUUGCCUUUCAGAGGAAGGUUCACACCAGCAUACAGACACUCUCCAACUGA